CUUCGUUCCGCUCAUCUUCAGAAGCAGACAUGAGGCCGUCUCUUUUGCCCGUACAGAGGGCUGCGUUCGUCCUCGUCCUUCUCUCUCAGUGUGUGAUCGGGAAGAACUGUAUGUGUGAGCUGAACAACAUUCAACCUCCUUUCCCGAUGGAGAAACUCGACUCGAUUCGCACUGCAGCUGAUCAGUGCACAAAGAGCAUCACUUCAACACAGUUCAUGGAGGUGGAUGUAUUGAUGUUGGGGGUGCAGCAGCGGCUGGAGCAGCUGGAAGAGAGCGUGUCUGUGUUGGAGAAGGAGGACGAUGGUGGUCUGUACGGAGCUGUUUCACUGCGAAUCAUUGAGCUCGAACUCGCUGAGGUUCUGGAGCUCAUGAGUAAACUGAACAAAACCAUCAGCUCCCACAAGCAGCUCAGUCAGAGCACUGCAACCAAGCUGCAAAGCAUGACACAGGGCAUGCAGGAGCUCGAGGCCUUUGACGUUUCGCAAGUGGUGAGCAAACAGCGAGAAAAUCAGCGCUUCAAGAUGGAAUUGGCCGAGUGUCAGCAUGAGCUUCAGGCCACUCCUCAGCCUUCCACUCCUCGCCCACAACGCUGUCCACAAGGUGAGUUGGUCAAUAUAACUGGCCCUAGAACAUACGGCCAAACCCAGUACGGAACCUCUUACUCUUUUGGCGCCUGGGGCAAAGACCCGAAACCUAUACCAGGGGAAGAGGGCCGAUACUGGCUGGUGGCUCUGACCAGCAGUGAUGUUUAUGCCAAUUACGUGCGACACUACAGCAGUUUGAGUACUAUACUGUUAGGUGUGGAUCCAGUGGACACCCCUAUCGCAUCCUCAAACCCCACCAAAAACACCAUCAUGGGCCCUAACGUGGUGCAGUAUGGAGGUGCGCUAUAUUACAACUGCUAUGAUUUUCCAUCUGUGUGUCGCUUCAACAUCUCUGACCGCUCCAUCACUAAUGCACAACUUCCAAGAAACACUGGUUACAACAACAAGUUUCCUUUCGGCCACUUGGAUGCAACAUACAGCUACACAGACUUGGAUUUGGCCACAGACGAGUCUGGUGUCUGGGUGGUCUACUCAUCAACAGCUUAUUUUGGCAAUGUGAUCCUUAGUGAAGUGAUAGAAGGGAAUCCUCUGUCUCUGGGUCGGACGUGGAACACGUCGCUGCACAAGCGCACUAUCACAAACACCUUCAUGGUAUGUGGAGUGCUUUAUGCCACACGAUUCCUGGACAAAGAGACGGAGGAGAUUUUCUACUCGUUCGACACGGAGACAGGAAAGGAGCGCUACGAUCUGAAGAUCCGCAUACAGAAGAUGCAGACCAACAUCCAGUCUCUGAAUUAUAACCCACGAGACCGAAUGUUUUACGCCUACAGUAACUCAUACAUUGUAUCAUAUGCUGCUGUCUUUAAGUAAAUGGUCAUCUUCUUCAACAGCUUUGUGAUCAUUCAAAUUCCUUAAAGAAAAACAAUACAGCUUUAAUUUCUUUUCCAGAAAUGACAUCUGUACAAUUUAUGAUGUCUGUUAUUCUGGAAACACUUCUUUACUAAUAAAAAUAAGACAUUAUGUGAA